GAAAAAAAAAACAAAAAAAAAAAAGAAGAAGAAAGAACUCCUUCAAAACUGUGUUCGUCAAAUCUCUGAUCAAAUUCCGUCAAAUAGAAAAAUCCCCAAAAAUGUUCUCAAUCCGAAUUCAUUCAGUAGAUACAGACCAUCCUCUAUUUCGUUCUCUUCCAUCUAAUUCAAAUCCUGACCCUAACCCUAAAAUUGUCGAACGCAGAGGCAUAAUUCAUCUCUUUCGUACUCUUGAAGGCCACUCUUCAUCUUCAAAUUUAUCUAAUCUCCUCUUUAUAGUCGCUGUUCCUAAUUAUUUCUCCUCCGAUGAUCUUCUUCGAUUUUUCGGGCCCCAAAUUGCCGAUUUCACUGAAUUGCAUAUAAUUAGGAAUGAUGGUAUAGAGGAUAGAUACAGUGUGCUUAUUCGAACCGGUAAUCAAGUUUCAGCUGAUGCAUUUUAUCGUAGCUUCAAUGGGAAAAGAUUUUCGCCACCUGAGGUUGAGAUAUGUCACAUUCUAUUUGUUCUUUCAUUGGAGUUUACCAAAUUGGCUGAAAUUGCUAGCACUCGUCCACCUGGUUACACAGAGUUGCCAACUUGCCCCAUUUGUCUAGAGAGGUUGGACCAAGAUACGAGUGGAAUACAGAGUACACUUUGUGAUCAUUCAUUUCAAUGUUCUUGCAUUUCCAAAUGGACUUAUUUGUCUUGCCAGGUUUGCCGAUUAUGCCAGCAGCAGGAUAAUAAACCCAAUUGUUCUGUUUGUGAUACAUCAGAGAACCUCUGGGUCUGCAUCAUUUGUGGCUUUGUUGGGUGUGGGAGGUAUAAAGAAGGACACACUUUCAAGCAUUGGGAAGAUACACACCAUAGCUAUUCUCUCAAUUUAGAGACUCAGAGAGUUUGGGAUUAUGAGGGGGAUAGUUAUGUUCACCGGUUAAAUCAUUCCAAAACUGAUGGAAAAUCAGUACUGCUCGACUCACAGUGCAAGUCCCAUGAUGGAGAUUGUGGUACCUGUGACCACAGCGAAGAUUCUGAAAUUGGUGAUGCUCUCUUCAGCAGCAAAGUUGAAGCGAUCACUGAUGAGUACAAUCAUCUUCUUGCUACUCAACUGGAGAACCAAAGACAGUAUUAUGAAUCUCUACUUGUCGAGGCUAAAAGUAAAAAGGAGAAUACCGUUGCUGAAGCAAUAGAGAACGCUGUAACAACAAAGAUACACGAGCUACAGUGCAAACUUGAAAAUUGUGAAGAAGACAAAAAACUUGUUAUGGAAUUGAAUCACUCUCUAAUCAAGGGCCAGGAAGAGUAUAAGAAAAAGCUGAAGGAAAUUGAAGAGAGGGAAAUGAAAUCUCUGAAAGCAGGGGAAGAGCAUAUACUUGAUCUGGAGGAGCAGAUUAGAGAUAUUAAAAUCUACAUUGAAGCGCAAAGAAAAAUUGGCAGUGUAGGAGAUGCAGGUAGCCUAAAAGGAGGAACGGUGUUGCCUGUGCCUCAAAUGCAAUCCACUCCUUCCAAUACCAAGAGGCGUACGAAAUCUGGGAGACACCGUAAUUAGUUUUCUUGUUAGUGCUUGCUGCUUCAUUUUUGUGUACAGAAAACGUUUGUGAAAUAAUAGUCAAUGUAAACCGAUGUAAAUGCACCCUUCAUCUGGACUCAAAUCAAUUGGUAUCUCUAUGUGCAUCUUUCUUUAUGACCGAAACACAAAUUUAUAAUGACACAUUGGGAGCCAUUGCUGAUUAGGGAAAAGAACAAGUUGAUGAGAUAAGAGCGAGCCGCGCUUGUGGAUGGUGAAUGUAAGCUCGUGUAUUAUUUAAAGAAUCGUUGCAAAUUGGUUUUGACUUCGACAAAUGUAGCAUAUUUAGUGGGAUAAAGAAAGUAGGAAAUUUUUCAUUAAAAGGCCAACA